GGCUCCAGCCUCGGAUAUUUUAAGCAUACUAUACUAUGCUGCGCACUCGCAAUCUUUCCCGCCUCCAGAGCUUGCAGAACACUCCAGCUCUAACUACUAACCACAACGGCUGAGGGAGCUUCUAGAUAUUACUGAAGAUGCAUACUAGUUCUCUGAGUGAAAUUCUCUUUCCAUAGUUACUUUCCUCCUGAGUUUUCUUUAUCGCUGUACCCCGUACUCGCAGCUCCAGGCCUAUCCUAGCUUAUUAUUAAGGACAUACUCCGUACAUACUCCGUAUAUAGUAGUAGUUAUAUACUCCGUACUUCCAUGCUUUGGGGCACUAGUAACUAACCCGCCCUAAUCCCGUCCGCAGCCAACCAAAAGGCCCUUUUCUACUAAUUAUCCGCGCUGCAUCAAGCAUCCCGCCGCUUUGGUUCAUCCACCCGCUCUUCCUUCAUUCUCCUCGGUAACUCCCUUUUUGUUUUCCGCCUAUAAAACAAUUGUGUGUUUCAUCUCCUGCUCCUUCUACUAUCCUACUCUUGAUUCCUCUCAUGUCUCUUUGAUAUUCCAUAUUUCUUUAUUUCUCAGGUCCUUCUUAAAUUCCAUCACUUAUUGCUUUUAUACUCUAUGCAUCCAACAUCUUCUUAAGUUCUUAUUAGAUACUACUAGCUUGCCAGCCACUCGUCCUCCACUCAUAUUGGCCAAUCUUAUUCCAUAACUUACUUUUCUGCUCCAAGUACCGUACCGUACCCCGCCAGCCCGAGCAACCGCCAGCAAAGCGCACUAACGCUUUCUGGCGCUACUUUUGAUCCCAGCUUUUGCCGCGACACUCUGUCAGGGCACCCACCUGACCAGCUCAUAUUGGACUCGUUCCACCUCCUGCUACAGCUCCAGCUGCACCGGCGAUUAAUUUCCUAAAUAUCUCUUUUACAUUUCAACCAGCUGGGAAGCUUCAACGUCUUCAGGGCUAUUCUAGGCUCGCAAACAUGGAGUUGUCCGACGACGUUCAAGCGUCAUAUAUCAAAAUCAUCGACUCCAUCCUUGCUACCAGUGACUUGAAUACUAUAUCGGAGAAGCGCAUACGGAGAGGCUUGCAAGAUGCCGUCGACUACGAUAUCACCCCUCACAAGGCCGCGAUCAAACUUCUAAUUAUGCAGCGCUUCGAUAUCUUUGCGGAACAGAGUGAGAAGCAGGCGGAAUCUACCUCCCCCGUCAACGGCCAUUCGUCGAAUGGUCAACUCAACGCCCCAACGGUCGAGCCCAUCUCCCCCGCCCUAUCUACCUCCCCGCAAAAACGCAGCGCAGAGCCUGAAAGCGCCUCAGAUCCCGGAGAUAAAUCUCCACCCAAGAAGAACAGAAAGUCAGACUUAGAACUUGCCGACGCGAUCUUGGCGGCCAAAUUGCAAGCCGAGGAAAAUCUACGAGCGCGACCUACCAGAGGCGCAAAUUCGAGGAAGGCUGCGCCUAUCAAGAAAAAGAAACCUGCUACGAAGUCAAAGACAUCAAAGAAAGUGAAAGCGGAGGACGAUUCAGACCUAGAUGAGCCGGAUUCGGAACCCAAAAGGGAGGUCACGCGAACGGGUGGUUUUCAUAAACCCCUCACGUUAUCCCCUACGCUCUCUACCCUUCUAGGCGGUGAAAUAACGCUUUCUCGACCUCAAACUGUGAAAAAGGUGUGGCAAUAUAUACGCGAAAACAGCCUCCAAGAUCCAUCUGAUCGACGCCAAAUCCUAUGCGAUGACCUCAUGCGAGCGGUCUUUAAACAAGACCGAAUACACAUGUUCACAAUGACCAAGAUCCUCAACCAGAACCUGUAUAACCCUGACGAGUAAAAAUUCAAAUAACGUAGCCCCACGACCAAGAAUAAGAAAGGCUCCCUUUCUUAUCGCCAAUUCAUAUCCUCAUCAUCAUUAUCAUAAUCCGGCGUUUAUCUGGCAAACGGGGGAGUCAUUUGCACAUCCUUCUUUUAGUUUUAAUUCCCCCCUUUUAUAAUCUGCCAUCAGGUUACCCAUUGUGCCAUAAUGCCGUGAAGUCAAAUCAUCCCUUCAUCGCUUCCGUUUCUUUUUUACUGUUUACUUUCUUCUUUCGCUCUCUGUUCUUUUCUUUUUUUUUUUUCUCCUUUUGGUUUUAUAUUUCCUCAUUCUCAUCCUAAGACAUAUACCAUGCAAUAUAUUUGCUUUGCUAUCCGCCCACUUUUUCUCUUAUCCUAUGUUAGCCGCCUCUCUGUAUCUUCCCAGUGAAGUUCCUCGUGCAUUAUCUUUUGGCCGUUUUGUCAGUUUCCUAACUAUUCACUACAAGAGGUGUGGUGGGAUCACUCAUUCUACAAAUUUUCUUUUAUGGGAACCCACUGAAUAUGUUUUAAAGCAUUCUGAUUAAGUGGUUUCUUCCGAACCGAGAACACUCUCCGCGCGGCCUUGCAAGAUGAUCUAGGAGACUAUCUUCAUGCUCGUUUCUCUCCUUCAUCCCUUCCUUUACAUUUUUUAUCAUUUACUUACCAUAUCUCGCUCCAGCGGGUGGAGUUGGUUGGUGGGAAUGUCCCUUGUUUGUGCUAAAUGGAUAUGAAACUCUCAGUUUGUCAUGUUAUCUAUUUCCACACGCCUUCAUUUGGGAUUCUCGGUUGUCUUCUGCUUCUCUAUUUCAUUUUUUUGAUCUUGUUGUCUCUUUAUCGUUUUGUCUCUCCUAUACUCCUCACGUCGGAGCCUUUGGAUUUCCAAUUUCUUGCGUCAGCUUUCUUGCUUCUGCCUCUUCUUCUGCGCUUAUUAUUUCCAAGCCGUACCUCUGUUUCCUUCACUGCGUCUUUGGCUUCUUUAAAUCUCUAUUUCUAGCUGUUGAAUCUACUCUUAUUAUUGGUUGCGCUCUAUCACUACCAUCUGACUAUCCUCAGCCAACCAACCCUCCUUUCCCUUUUGUGCAUUCGCCCUCUUAAGAUUCUUAAUGCUUAUGACCGGCUUUCAUUUCGCAAUAUUGUCUCUUAAUGUCUUCUACACAUCUUAACUUUUGGGAACAUACAGACGUGUCUUCUCUCUCCCUCUUUUUCUUUCCUGCAUUCCUCCCUUUUAUCCGUGGAGAAGGAAAGAAGAUAGACAUGAACAAGGAGAGAAAGGGGAGAAAAGCGGGAACAAUACAUGAAUAAAUACAUCUGUCUAAUAUGUCUAAUAUACCUGCAUUGCCUAAACAUUCAUCUCUUCCGGCCCGCUCUGGGACUUUGUCGGGUUAAUCAAUACUGGGCCGAAGGAAGCACUUGCUAAAAAUUCUUCAUCUAUUAGUAGAUUCCGCCAGUGAGAGCAAGCCAAGCAGCUGUUUCUCCACGAUGGAUGGGCGAAGACAUAUAUAUGCCUUAGGCAGAUCAGGGCAUACCUAGAUACGAAUGACUGUCCAGGCGAGAUACUCCCCUAAAAAAUUGAUACAGCAGCUCACUACAUUAAUUUGCCCAACAUCGCAUACUCCUAACGAAAUCCUUUGUCAACUGGU